AUGCGCAAUGUACUCGCGAUUUGUUUCUUACUUUUUAUUGUUGCCCAUGGUCAAUCACCAUGCGACCAGGUCCCAUUUGUCAGCCGAGAUGGAUGGGGUGCGCGUCCUCCAACAUCAAUAACUAAUCUGACAAGCAAACCGUUUUCUUUCUAUGUUAUUCAUCAUACGUAUCAGCCACCUAAUUGUUAUGAUGAUGUAUCAUGCAUUGAGCGAGUCAAAUGGAUUCAAGAUUUUCAUCAAAAGGAUCGAGGAUGGGUGGACAUUGGAUACCAUUUUCUUGUUGGGGAAAACGGUAAAGUCUACGAAGGACGAGGAUGGAAUCGACAAGGUGCUCAUGCGCCAGGUUGGAAUAACGAUGCAUUCGGAAUCUGUAUCAUCGGUGAUUUUAGCACGGCAGCACCGAAUCAAGCGGCAUUGAGUGCAGUGAAACUCUGGAUAGAUUGUGGUAUUGAACUAGGACACGUAAAAAAAGAGCAUUUCAUCAUCACACAUCGGCAAUCCCAGAGACCUGGUUAUACAGAAUGCCCAGGUAAUGGUACGAUCGAUGCUAUCAAACCGUGGCCGCGAUACUGUUCGUAUCAAAAUUCCGGUGCGAACUUAACUCAAAAUCAAACACAAGCAUCUCUCGGCCGUCAAUUCUGCCUGAAUGAAUUAGGCUCAUCAGCUGCUUCAUCUUUUUCAUCGAUUUCUAUCCAUUCGGUUCUCGCCAUUUUCCUUUUCGUUCAUUAUUUUAUUGAAUAA